GGAUUUAUAUACACAAGUCGCACGGAAAUUAGGUCACAAUAGCGUCGCGGCAGCACGCAGCUUCGCCAUUUUCGCAGCUCUUUGUGCGCAACUAUUUGCUCCUUUUAUCGAGCUAUACGCAAACCAGGGUCUUAAUCAAAUUGCGAAAAAUGCAAGGAAAUAGGGGACCCCAGCAGAAUCAUGGCCCAAACCGCCAGGGAGAGCAGAGGAGACCCGGAGGGAACACGAACGGGCAGCAGCCCGAGCCCAGCGAACAGACUAGCCCCAAUGAGGCCUUAACCCUGGACCUGCAGAGCUUCAGGAAGCCCGGGGAGAAAACCUUCACUCAGCGCAGCCGGCUGUUUGUAGGUAACCUUCCCACAGGUGUAACUGAGGAGGAACUCGAGAAGCUAUUCGCCAAGUACGGCAAGGCCAAUGAGAUCUUUAUUAACAAGGAGAGGGGCUUCGGCUUCAUCCGGCUGGAGACCAGGAUCAUUGCAGAGAUCGCCAGAGCCGAGCUGGAUGAUACUCCGUUCAGAGGCAGGCCCAUCCGUGUGAGAUUUGCAACGCACGGUGCUGCUUUAAGUGUGAAAAACCUGCCAGAGUUUGUGUCCAACGAGCUGCUGGAGGAAGCCUUCGCAGUGUUUGGUCAGAUAGAGAGAGCAGUGGUCAUAGUGGAUGACCGAGGGAGGCCCACAGGGAAGGGGAUAGUGGAGUACACCUCAAAGCCAGCUGCAAGAAAGGCUCUGGAUAAGUGUGGUGAUGGCGCCUAUCUUCUCACAGCUUUCCCUCGACCUAUCACAGUGGAACCCAUGGACCAGUUGGAUGAGGAGGAGGGACUGUCAGAAAAGAUCAUAAACAAAAACCAGCAGUAUCACAAAGAGCGCGAGCAGCCUCCACGAUUUGCUCAGCCGGGCUCCUUCGAGUACGAGUACGCCAUGCGAUGGAAGGCCCUGAUGGAGAUGGAGAAGCAGCAGUACGAAAUGGUGGACCGCAACAUGAAGGAGGCGCAGGAGAAGCUGGAGGCUGAGAUGGAGGCGGCCAGACAUGAGCACCAGGUGAUGCUGAUGAGGCAGGACCUGCUGAGGCGCCAGGAGGAGCUGCGGAGGAUGGAGGAGCUCCACAGUCAGGAGGUGCAGAAGAGGAAGCAGGACGAGGAACGCCGGAGGAGAGAGGAGGAGAUGAGGAUGCGCAGUGAAGAGAUGAUGAAGAGGCAGCAGGAGGGCUUCAGGGGCAACUUCAAUGAAAACAGGGAGCAAGACAUAAGGAUGCACAUGGGCAAUCAUGGGAUGGCCAUGAACAGAACCUCGCUGGGUGGCAGUUCCGGUCCCGCUGGUGGCGCAGCCGGCAUGGCUGCUGAGAAUACUCCAAUGAUGUCCGGGCCAGGAAACAACAACAACAUGCCUGGAGGAGGCCAGGGUGGUUUCCCCAGAGGCCUCCCGGGGCCUGGAGACUAUGGACCUAACAAACAGCGCAGAUUUUGAAUGAUAUGUUUACUCUUCCCCUUUUCAUACUGUAUUUUAAAGUUCAUGUAGUUGGUUACUUUCUGAACUUUGACAACCGUUGCAUGUUAAUUUUUUUUACUUUUGUGUUAUGUUUUAGAACUACAAUGUCCUAACUCUCCAAAUGAGCCAUGCAUUUUGCUUUAUUUUUCACCUUUAAUGUAUUUUUCAUAGGGAUAGGAAAUGUUUUUGUCCUGGAUAUGUUUACUUUUCUGGAAUAAAUUCAUGAUUCCCUAAGAUUCCUGUUUGACAUGUAAGAUUUCUCCAUUAAGGUCAGGGUUUAAUCACAAAAUUGACCAGAUGAAGGCACAUUUUCAGGGCUGUAACUAUUAUUUUCUUGAUGAUUAGUUGUAUGGUCUAUAAAUUGUCAGAAAUGGUGAAAAAGCCCAAUGUGACAUCCUUAAAUGUCUUGUUUUGUCCACAGCCCAAAUAUGUUCAUGUUCUUUAGCGUAAAGAAACCACAAACUAUUCCCAUUAAAGAAGCUGGAAGCAGA